CUGAGGUGGCGCCUCUCCGCCCUUCUUAAUAGCAACGCUAAUUGUUGUAACAACUUGUGAUGCUGAUGAUGAUGAUACAGUAUCUCGAUAAAUAGCACAGAAAACAGGGGUCACGUGGCACCGUUCAUUCCAAUUCACGAUCUGGUGGGGAGUGAGUGAGUGAGUGAAGGAGCAUCAAUGGUGAUGGCGACGUCGACGAUGCGGUGAUGGUUGAUGGAGGAAGCUGAACGAGGGUAGAGUUUGUUUGAGAGUGACGCCCUCUUCACAAUCCUCACCCCGAGUUGUCUCCCUCGCGAACGACACAGGACGACAGCGGCACAGAGAGACACAACGGAGGUCUCUGCAGAGACUCCGAAGCGAGACGACAUUCAUAUCAAGACGUCUCAAGACUCCUCAAGACUCUGGGACCCACACGCGGGGCAUCGUCGACCCAGCGACCCAGACUCAGCGAGACAUGGCGGGGCCUCGCACAGCUGAGGCAGCAGCUGCGACCUGGGCCAACAUCUUCAUCCUCGUCGUCGUCGUCACCGCUUCUCUCGCGCAGCGCUCUGUGUCGGCGGCGUGGCUGCCCGUGGUGGAGGUGCGAGCGUCCCUCUCGGGCUCCGCACUGCUGCCCUGCCCCGUGCCCCCGCUGCCGCCGCCCUCCGCGGAGGAGAGGCUGCCCCCGCUGCCCCCGCUGCCCCGCGUCAAGUGGACCCUGCUGAGCCGCGAGCGUGGCGGGGGGCCGCUGCCCGCGGCGGUGGCGGCGGCGGCGGGGAGUCGCGAGGCGGUGGCCCCCGCCUACGAGGGGCGCGCCUCCCUGCCUGCAUUCGCCACGGACCCCCGGGACGGGUCCCUGGCUCUGGGGGACCUCCGGGACGGGGACCGAGGGCUCUACCUCUGCGAGGCCAUGAUGGGCCUGGAGGACCUGAAGAGGGCCGUGAGGCUAUACGUGGAAGGCGUGGUGUUCCAUUACCGGGCCCCCCAGGGUCGCUACGCGCUCAACUUGCGGGGGGCUCGGGAGGCAUGUGAGCGAGCAGGGGGGGUGUUAGCGAGCCCCCUGCAGCUGUCGGCCGCUCUGCACGACGGCCUCCAUCAGUGCGACGCCGGGUGGCUUAACGAUGGCAGCGUCCGGUACCCGGUGGUGGUGCCGAGGCCUGGCUGCUACGGGGACCUGCGCGCGGGUCCCGGGGUGCGGUCCUACGGAGUGCGCAACCCCUGGGAGACGUACGACGCCUACUGCUACACGGGGGACAACCAGGGCGAGGUCUACUACCUGGAGCGGGCCGGCACGCUCCCGUUCCCCGCGGCGGUGCUCGCUUGCGCCGCCGCCGGCGCUUCCCUGGCCACGGUGGGGCAGCUCUACUCGGCAUGGCACCACCACGGCCUGGACCGCUGCGACGCCGGCUGGCUCGCCGACGGCAGCGUGCGCUACCCCAUCACACACCCACGCGACAACUGCGGCGGCGGGGAGCCCGGCGUUCGCACCCUGCACCGGCACCCCGACCAGAGCGGCUUCCCCGAGCCGGAGACCCACUACGGGGUCUACUGCUACCGGGAAAACAAGGCCUCCACCUCGUCGCCAUCCGUUCACUCGAACUUAGACCCCAGCUCCACUCGUGGCACCCAGGACCCGGUCUAUGUGACCUCCCUGGAAACCGGGGACUCGCGGGGACUCCACGGACCCCUUGAGGGGUCAGGUCCUCGCACGGGAGUCCCAGCCACAACACUGGGGCCCGGAGGACGAGGAGGGGACUUCAAGGAAGCGACAUUAGGGGUCGGCGAACCCGAGGACUCGGGACCAGCAGCUUCCGAGAGCCUGGUAGUUGAGUCAGAGAAGAAGUGGCACGUUACUGUGGAGGACGCCGGUUUGCUCCAAUUUUCUCCCAUGGGAGGCUGGGACAGGCCCCAGGCAGAUGACGACCAGUCUCGGAACGCCAGCCACCACCACCACCACAACAACAACAUUGAGGCAGCUGCCCCAUCAUCAUCAUCAUCAGGAGCAGGCGGCCCGACCGCCAGUGGAAUUGGAUCAAGGGAUCGAAGGAUAGCGGAGACGGCGCUGGGGGGGGACGUGGGGUCGGACGGCACCAGCGGAGACGGCUCCCCCGAGGGGUCGGCGACCAGAGCCAUUGUGUCAGAGACCCCCAUCCUUGCCGUCCCCAUGCCCCUGCCGCCAUCUCCACCGUCCGACCCUAUCGGUCGCCCCCAGGCCCAAGAUGACCGAGAGGAGACGAUGGCGAUGACCACGACGACGACACGGAAUGUGGCCCGAGUGGUCGCUGACGAGGCCGGCCCCGAUGGUCCAGCCAUGGCAACGCUGAGCCCGGCUCCACGGAAGGAGGUCACAGAGAGCCCCAUGCUGAUCCUGCUGGAGUCAUCGUGGGUGAACCGGGUGACGGGGAGAGAGGGGGUCAUGGCGGGAGAGAGGGAGUCACCGUGGAGAAAGGGGGUCAUGGCGGGAGAGCCCGUGGUGGAAGGUGGGUUUAUCCUCAGCGUGAUCAGUCCCCAUCUCUCGGUGAUGGCCGGAACUACGAAGGCCGUUCAGACCCGGAUGGAGCCACCGGGGACCCAGUGGAGGCAGCUGACUGGGACCCAGCCUGCCCACCUUGAGAAGGGGAGCUUAGCCCGGCCAUCGCAAAAACCCCCGCUCGGUCAGCAAGGGGUCAACCCUGACAUGACGGCCGUCAACCGUGGGCUGGACGUUAUUGUCCCUAGGCCUGAGGAGGCAGUGAUGAUUCUGUCUGAAGGGGCCACAUCGCUCAACGUCUUUCCGACGCAGACAGAUAAUCUGUUGACGUCUCCCAUCACGACAAACGACGUUCCUCCUUCUGUCGCUGAAGUCGUUGCUAAUGGAAGAGAGGGCAGAGGGGACAAGGAGGUGCAUGAGAAGAUGGCAGUAGAGGUGAAAACAGAUCCAGCGGAGGAGGAGGAGAAGGAGGUGAUCGGGGAGGCGGGAUUUUUGAAAGCAACGACCACCGAGGACGUGGAGGGAAGUGGGGAGGAGACCACAGUCAUCAUCGCCAUAGCAACGGAAGGGAUCCAGAGGGGGCCUGCAAUUGUGUUACCCUCCUACGCGGAGUCCCUCAGCCCCGCCGAGACGGCGAUGAUUGAGGGGUCGGGGUGGAUUCUGGGCACGUUGGGUGAGUUGGCGGAUGAGGUGGUGGAGCAUGAGAAUGUGAUGAACGAGGAGGUGAUCGGGGAGGUGGACCUGAAAGAUGAGGCAGUUGACGGAACCUCUCACCAUCCAGGCGAGGUCACGAGGACGACGUCCUCCCCUCCGACCCCACCUCGAGUCCCACCUUUAACUGCGCCUGGGGCCACCCCGUCAACCAUGGUCGGCCUGCAAGGCCUCGAGGAGAUCUCAACUCUGGGGGUGGGAGGAGCCCUGCACUCUCAUCAUGGUGGCACCCAUGAGGAGGAGGGAAGUGCAGAUUCCCUGGUAGGGAGGCUCCAGGGGGAAGAGGGUGCGGGGAUGUUUCCUCAGCUCCCCGACCUCCGCGUGCCCUCCUCGCUGUCCCGUGCAGCUCCAGAGACCUCGCACCCAAACGGUGAGGAAGAGAAGGAGCCCAGCGGCUUGGCCGAAGGUAGUGGCUUCUCGGUGGACUACGCCCUGAGGGAGGAUUUUGACAAAAACGUGUCGUCCGUGCAAUUUUCCACUGCCGUAGCCACCGCCACCACCACAGCGACUUCCACAGCGGCGCCGGCGGAGGGGCACUUGAGCCGACUCGGCGGCAUCUUCGGCGCCGAGGAGACGCUGCGCUUGCUACCAAGCUCGGCGUUGGUAGACGGAGCGGUGAAUACGGGUGAUCUCAUCGCAGAGCGGAGCAGCGUUCGCACGGAGCCAGGAAGAGAAACGGCAAGGUUUUCAGAAGAGUCUCCACCGGCCUACACAGUAGGUUUUAUACAAGAUACGCCGCCAUCCUUUCGACCAGAAUCCACAAAAGACUUUGCACAAGGCUACACACCAGCAGGGUUUCCACCAAAAUUUAUAUUAGAAUCUCUAUCAGGUGCUACAUUAAAUGUUCCAGCAGCCUCCUCACAAGACUCUCCACCAGGCCACACAACCGAUCCAACUCUCAACUCUCCACUGGAUUUCAUACCACACUUUCUACUGGACUCCUCAAGAUAUUCUCCAUCAGACUCCUCACCAGACUCUCUCGCAGACGCCUCGAGAGACACCUCCUCACGAGGCCUUACAGCAGACUCCCGACCAGACUCUCACCACCAUGAGCACAGGGAAUCCUUUGAGCCCUUGCCAGAGGUGCUGGAGCACAGGCAGGUGCAGUUUAGCCUCGGUGAUUUCACCACUGAGCACAUGGGUCCUGGAACUUUGCGGGGGGCCAACAUCGACCUCAAGGGCGAAAAUCUUAACCUGGUGAAGGUCGGGGGGCGCUUGGAGGGCGGCAGCAGGGCUACGACAGAGGCACCCACGCCUCCUCCCUCACUUUCAUCGCCUGCAUCUCCCACAGAGUCCCCCACCGCUCCCCAUGGAGCCGGCUUGGAGCCAGGGAGUGGGCACCUGGAGGAGGGGUUAGGGAUGGCGGGGCCUGCACCGCACACCUCCUGGACGCCUGGACACACCUACAUCUCAACAGGCACACCUGGACCCGAAUCUCCUGGAUUAGUGUCUCCUGAGGUUCAGCCCCCUGUCUCCGUGCCUCCUGCGUUCAAGUCUCCAGGGUCCACUUCUCCUGAGAUGCAGUCUUCUGUAUCCACAUCUCCUGGACUUGAGUCUCCAGAAUUCUCGUCUCCUAAGUUUCAGUCUUCAAAAACCGUGCCUCUCGGAUCCGUGUCUUUGGAACUAACCGGAACUGACACCAAGCAUGUGGGGGUGGUGACAGGCGAGGGUGCAACAGUUACUGGCAUGACAGUCGUGGCGGCGGUGUCCUGUGAGCCCGGCUGGCACGGCUUUGGGGGGCGCUGCUACCGCUACGUGGCAGACCGGCUGCCCUGGGCCGAGGCAGAGGAGGCGUGCCGCUCCGUGGGAGGCCACCUGGCAAGCGUCGCCUCCCGCGACGAAAACAACUUCAUCCUUGCCCUCGGCUCCGACUACCAGUGGAUUGGACUCAACGACCGCUCCUCCGAGGGAGACUUCCGCUGGAGCGACGGCUCCCAGCUGAGCUUUGAGCACUGGCGGCCCCAGCAGCCCGACAGCUUCUUCUCGUCAGGCGAGGACUGCGUGGUGCUCAUCUGGCACGAGGAGGGUGAGUGGAACGACGUCCCCUGCAGCUACCGCCUGCCCUUCUGCUGCGAGACGCGGCCAGGACGCCCGCUGGCCUCCCGGACACCGCUGCGGCUCCCCGCGGCAUCGCGUCCGCCUCCUGCCGCGGGUCUCGUGUGGUGCGGCCACCCCCCCAUCGUAAGCAACGCACGGUGCUCCGGCGCGCCGCACGGCCGCUACGCGGUGGGCGCGUCGGUGCGCUACCGGUGCCGGGCCGGCUUCCUGCAGCGCCACGCCAACCCCACCUCGCGGUGCCGCCCCGACGGCAGCUGGGAGCGCCCGCGCGUCGCCUGCGUCCCACGGCCAGCGACACGACCGGGGCAGGAGAAGCGGCCCGUGUGGUUCGGCCUCUACAAGGACGCAUGGCUCCCGGCCCGCGCGUCGCGCUGGCUACACCACCUCCAGGACCCCCACAACCUCCACGACCCGCACCGCCCACACAACCUCCCCCACGACCCGCACACCGCUCGGUCGCUCCACGGCUGAGGGGCCGCUCGAGAGACCUCCACUGUGAGACGCCGGGAGGGCCUGGGGCCUUGGCACAGGCCUAGGGCCCCAGGCCUAGUCCUAGGGCCCUGGUCUGGUCCUAGAGUCCCAGUCGUCUGGUCCUUUAGUCAGUGGCAUCAAAUUCCUUCGGGGAAAAUGUUCCCUAAGUUCACACUGAUUCACUAAGGGGGAAAUGUGAGCGAAUGUACUUGAUGCAACUGACCCCUAGCCUGUGUGUGUGAGAGCGAGAGAGCAGUGAGGCGUCUGGAAGAUGAAAUGCUUUAACGCACCGAGACCCCACGAUCACUGCACUGUGUGCGAUGCGUUAAACACUGUUUAACACAUUCUAUUUAAUAAUUAUUGAAAGAUGACUUCAAAGUUAUAAUUAUGCGUGCAGCAGCGACCCUACUCCAGCGCUUUAUUAAUUUGUAUGGCAGUCAAGUCACCGUGUCAUCAGCCGUCAUCAAUCCACCGCUGGAUGAAGGCCUCCCCAACGUGUCCCCUCCUCUGCACAGGAGCCGAUUUUAUCGCUCCAUCUCUGCGGCGGACGUCCUUUCUCUCUCGGGUGCAAUUGCUUCCUUCAGUCCGGUCACAGUGACGUAACUACAGUGCAUCCUCACAGUCAACCGGAAAGUCUUUUGUUCUAAUGGAUGAAAAACCUCAAGGCUCGUGUUUGACAGCUGGGUUCACGCAGCCUUUGAGAGCCGCCCGUUGCUUGGGCUUGCGAUCCUCCUGUAGAGCAGGUCGGGCAAUAAGUUACGGCGACGUUGGACGCAGGUGCCAGCCAAAGCCUUAGUUUUGCUCAAAGCAGAAGUCAACCAGUGUUUGAUGAGACGCUGCCGACACAGCUCCCUGUCAACACAGCCACCUGCAUUCUGCUGCCACUCGCUGCUGUUAGCCGCUGCUGUCUGUAAACUGUGAUUGAUGGCGAUUGCACAGAGAUGUGUGUGCCUCUUGGGGACGUUGCUUGCUGUGGGAGACAACGCCGCUAUCACCGGGGUUUAGGCAACUGCGAGAGUAUGGACUUGAAGGCACGAGGAAACAUUUCUGAACAUGCCUUGAGAGGGAGUCUCAUUCACGGAUUUGGGCAGCUCAGUAGCACGCCCUUGGUUCUUACACGGUGCAAGGCUUUCGCGACCAAUGUUAUGAUUUAUAAUCGAUUUUUAGGGUCAGAUUGCCACAUGAGUAAAAUGCCAAUGUUUUGUGUCGCAUACCCUCGUCCACCCAGCGCAGCCAUGUAAAGCUGUCACGUUAACAAAUGCGCCGGUUGGCUAUUGGCUGAGCGCGCCUGGACGCGUAAGUGCGAUUUGGGCAGUCGCCUGAUGAUGCUGGUUUUAACUCCCAGCGAAACGUGGAAGCUAAUUGUGAAGCUAAUUGUUAAGCUAAUUGUGAAGCUAAUUGUUAAGCUAAUUGUUAAGCUAAUUGUUCAGUGUGAGCAGUUUGCUUUUUCAACAUUACCGGUGUGCUGCAGAAAUAUUAACCUGGCGCAUUUGUUCAGGUGACAACUUCAUGUACGACACAGCAUUGCCAUUUCAUUACACGCGGCAAUCUGACUGAACGAGUCAAUGAUGAACGCCUUAAGUUGUAUUAGACUGUCUGGAGCGGCACACAGUCACCUGCUGCCCUUCCAAGGCCAUUCAGGGGCGGCACCAGCAUCCACCAGCUGAGAAGCAGCGUUGUCAGGUGGCUCACCACACCAGACAUUGAUUUAUAAACCUUGUGCCCAUUCCAAACAUCAAUUGCUUAUUUCUGCAAUGUGCCACGUGAAAGAAGAAUAUUAAAUAGUUUUUGGUUUUAAAAUAACUACCGUCUUUCUAAUCAUAACUUACUUAAUUAUAUGAUGCCAAUAAUGUGCUUUAUAUAUCCAGGACACUGUGAUAAGCGGGCCCUGCUACAUUGGCGAAUUGUUUUAUUCACAAGAGUUUGUUGAAAAGAGUGUGAGAGUUUGUUGACAAGAGGGUGAGAGGACAGAGAGAACCCGGACAAAAACCACCACGCAUAUGAAUGGCACUCAAGAGGUCUGGACAUAUUAAUUGCAUCUCCAGAUAAUGUCCAGAUCCAAUCAACUGAACUCAACCGUAGACUCAACCCGUUUGCUGGACUGCCGCUGAUCCACCCCGCAGCCCCACGCCACACCGUGGCCGUGAGCUGCUCUGUGAGCCAUGGCUACACAGCACCUCAGAAAGUCGUGGUGGUGGCGGUGGCGGUCUCGCACCCAAGGGCCAACCAGAUUCAACACGUACCUGGGCUUCUGAGAUCCGCCGAGAUGUAUGUACUGUAUGUUUGUUGAACUUCUUUCGCACCGUACGUAGUCAACCGUACUAAUCGGAGAUGUGGGGGGAAAGGACAAUAAACUAAACACACAAAAAACUGUUUUAAACAAAUGAGUUUUCAAUCUAGAUUAAACAGUGCAUAGGGACCGUCCAUAAAUGACGUCACGCGAUUUUGGACGAUUUUUUUACCCCCCCCCCUUCGUCACACGCCGUCACAAAAAGUCAGCCCCCCCUCAAAUAUGACGUCACAAAGCUCUGCCCCCCCUUCCCCCCCAAAAAUAAAACAGGCUUCAAAUCGCUUGAAACUAUUGUUAUUGUGGUGCGUAUUUAAUGUGGCGCUGCACUCUGAUGUUGGAGGAGAAAACAUUUAUUACAACGUCUAUUUAAUUAAGUAGAACGUGUUGUCUAUGUUUAUUAAAAGUUGUGCAUUUUGAUGUGACGUCACAUUUCUCACCCCCCCCCCCUCGUCACAAAUCGUUACAAACGUCUGACCCCCCCCUAGGUGCGUGACGUCAUUUAUGGACGGCACCAUAGCUCCCGUGGCUUCCUAAUAUCGGAAGAGCGUUCCAGACGCCCGCAGACGCGUAUCUCAAAGCACGAAGCAGUGACCGCCUUGUUCUACGGCUCGCCGCAAGCAGCUGCGAGGAUGACCGGAGUUCGCGUGACGACUUAUGACGUCCCUUGGUCUUGUGGCUCAUUCGUGGCACCUCGGAACGCGUUCGCUCAGCAACCGGAAGCCAAUGCAGCUCAGCGAGCACUGGACGCAGAUCGGGCUCUUUCAGGGCGCGUUGGGUCGUGCUUCCAGAUCAGUAAAUAAAAAGAGACACAAAAGACAGCCGGACAGGUGCCGCUGGCUAUUUUUAUGAAAUGCCAAUCACAGCCUUCACGACUGCGGUGGCUGUGUGUGUGUGUGGGGGGUGGGCAAUUACAUUUCCAAAGGGGUCUUGGUGCAGAGUCGCACAGACUCGGGCCACCUGCUACUGUCGUUGUCUCCACGCCCCCGUUUACUGCCUGCAACUGUGGGCCCCCCCCCCCUCUCAGCUGACUCUCCGUCAAACAGUGGCCACCCGGGACGAUCAAUCAACAUCUCCUCCCCGCGGGGGGACCACCCCAGAGAGGCCACCAGCAAGAGCGACAGAGGGAGGCCGCCUUCUUCGCGAGCGCA